AUGGUGACAUUCAGGGAUGUGACUGUGUACUUCUCCCAGGAGGAGCGGAAAUGCCUGUACUCUGCUCAGAAGGUUUCACACAUUGAUGUGAUGUUGAAGAAUUACAGUAACCUUGUAUCAAUGGUGAUGAAGACGAUUUUUUCUUUUGCUUCAGUAAACAUCUCCCAUGACAUCCAUAGUGAAGAGAAACAACAUAAAUGUAAGAAAUAUGGAAAAUGUUCAAACCCUGCUGAACACAAGAAACCUCAUACUGGAGAGAAACCCUAUGAAUUAAAAGAAUGUGACAAUUCUAUUCUUCAUUUCUCAAUACUUAAAAGCCAUUACAAAAACCUUCCUGAAGAGAAACCUGACAAAUGCAAAGAAUGUGGAAAGUCCUUUUAUCAUUUGUACUACCUGAGACGCCAUACAGAAGCCACACUGGAGAGAAGCCUUACAAAUGUCAUAAAUGGGCUAAACCCUUUACUUUUUGCUCAAGUCUCAGAAAACAUCAGAAAACUCACACUGGAGAGAGACCUUAUAAAUAUACCCACGUUGACUGUCUCGCGGGUCGGGACAGAAUGGGACAAAUCCUUUGUCUCAUGCUCAUAUUUUGAGUCACAUCAGAGAAUUCAUACUGGAGUGAAACCCUACAAAUGUAAGGAAUGUGGAAAAUCCUUUCUCUCUUGCUCAUAUCUUAUGCCACAUCAGACAAUUCAUACGAAAAACCCUACAAAUGCAAAGAGUGUGGCAAGUCCUUUAAGUGGUUGUCAAGUAUUAAACAGCAUUACAGAAUCCAUUUGGGAAGGAAAUGUUACAAAUGCGAAGUAUGGCAAGUCCUUUAAGUGCUUGUCAGAUAUUAAAGAGCAUCACAGAAUACAUAUUGGAGAGAACCGUUACCAAUGUAAUGAAUGUGACAAAUCCUUCACCUUUGUGUCAACUUUUAUAAGACAUCAGAAAAUUCAUACUGGAGAGAAACUCUACAAAUACCAAGAAAGCGGCAAGUCCUUUAGGUUGGUUGUAGACAUUAAGGAACCUCAGAGAAUCCAUGUUGGAGAGAAAAGUUACAAAUGCAAGGAAGCUAACAAAUUAUUUGCCAAAAGCUCAGAUCUUAAAUCACAUCAGAGAACUCAUUCUGGAGAAAAACCCUCUAAAUGCCAAGAGUAUGAAAAAUCCUUUAAGUGA